AUGCUGAUCACCGUGUACUGUGUACGGAGGGACCUCUCUGAGGUAACCUUCUCCCUCCAGGUCAGCGCGGACUUUGAGCUCCGCAACUUUCGGGUACUCUGCGAGCUCGAGUCCGGCAUCCCGGUUGAAGAGAUCCAGAUCAUCUACGCAGAGCGACUCCUCGCGGACGACCACUGUUCCCUGGGCUCGUAUGGCCUAAAAGACGGUGAUGUUGUUGUUCUGCUUCAGAAUGAGAAUGCGGGAACUCGACCUCCAGGAAGGACAUCAAACGUGCCUCCGAUCGAUUUCAGUGGCACUGCCCUGGCUGGAACAUCCAGCUCCCGCCACCACCAGCACCAGCGCUCACAAACAGCCCAGAACUCAGGUGGCUUGGCCUCGGGAGAGAAGGUAGCAUCUGCUCAAGGGCUGGACAGCCCAGCCUUGAUCCGAAGCAUGCUGCUUUCCAAUCCCCACGAUCUGUCUCUGCUGAAGGAACGUAAUCCCCCCUUGGCGGAGGCUCUGCUUAGCGGAAACCUUGAGACGUUUUCUCAGGUCCUGAUGGAGCAGCAAAGGGAGAAGGCUCUGAGAGAGCAAGAGAGGCUUCGCCUCUUUUCUGCCGACCCAUUUGAUCUGGAAGCUCAAGCCAAAAUAGAAGAGGAAAUCCGGCAGCAGAACAUUGAGGAAAACAUGAACAUAGCGAUGGAAGAGGCUCCCGAGAGUUUCGGCCAAGUGGCGAUGCUUUAUAUUAACUGCAAAGUAAAUGGACAUCCUUUGAAGGCUUUUGUUGACUCAGGUGCCCAGAUGACCAUUAUGAGCCAAGCCUGUGCUGAGAGAUGCAACAUAAUAAGGCUGGUAGACCGAAGAUGGGCUGGGAUUGCUAAAGGAGUGGGCACGCAGAAAAUUAUUGGUAGAGUUCAUCUAGCUCAGAUUCAAAUUGAAGGUGAUUUCUUACAAUGCUCUUUCUCUAUACUUGAGGAGCAACCCAUGGAUAUGCUUCUAGGGCUAGAUAUGCUCAAACGACAUCAGUGCGCCAUUGACUUGAAGAAAAACAUGCUAGUGAUUGGCACCACUGGCACACAGACUUAUUUUCUUCCUGAGGGAGAGUUACCCCCAUGUGCUAAGCUGGUAAGUGCUCCAGGGCAAGAGGAGUCUUCAGAUAAGGAAAGAGCAGAUGGUAUUAAAAAAUCAGUCAUGGACUCAGGACGGAAAAAGCAUUGA